AUGGGACUGUCACCUUUCUCAUUAAGAAGCAGCUUCAUGAUUAAGGUGCUCCUGCCAAAAAGAGAAAACACAUUGAAGAAUCUUGUUUAUCAAAUAGGGAAACAAAACGAUGAAGAUUAUGAGCAAAGACAACGAUUUGGUGGCUUUCAAAUAUACCAGUCGAACACGUCGGAUUGGCAGAACGGUUCCCUUUGCUAUAAAGACACAUCAUCAACGGCGGACGAGUUGUCUUUGAUUCCCGAUAUCCCGUGUACAGGUAGUGCCCAGUUCCUGACGAUAUACAGCGACAGACGGUCAGGAAAUCUAUCGUGGUACUCUGAAAAUGCUUUUCUGGAGCUUUGCGAGGUAGAAGUUUACGGUUGUCCACUUGAGAAAUAUGGUGAUGGUAAUUGUGAUUCCGAGUGUGGUGUAGGGUGUGCCAAUGGCCUAUGUGAUCCAGUGACCGGAAAAUGUGCAUCGUGUACUCCCGAGUUUUAUGGCAGCCAUUGUAAUCAUACCUGUCCGUUCAACUGUAAAGACAACCGAUGUAUGCAAAGCAAUGGAGAGUGUGAAGACUGUGAGGAUGGAUUCUUCGGAUCGUCCUGUGAUGUCUGCUCUGUUGGUUGUACCAAUCGUUCCUGUGACAAAAUAUCCGGAAAUUGUAGUC